GCGGUGAAUUUAUCUCAAACGCAAAAAGCUCAACGUUUUGAAAUUAAACUAGGAGCCUAAGCCAAAGCCAAAGGGUAAAUAAAAUGUCAUCUUGUUUAAGAAGAAUUCUCCAAUUUAACAUUCUGUAUCAGAAGACAAGAUUGAAAUGCGCAAGAAUGAUUUAUUCCGGUGCUUCACUCUACAAAGAACGGCCAUCAAACGAAUCUCUUAUCAACUGGAAGAAGCUCCCUGCCCCAAAGAAGCCUGAAAAGGAUUUCUGGUCCGAGAAAAGAGCGCUGUUCGGCGAGAACGACUACAAGGACAUUCUCGGGGACGGCACGUACUCCCUGCGCAAGAACAUUAAAGUGGGACCGUGGUGGAUGCGAGGAUGGAGGGGGAAUGAGCUCCAGAUGUUGAUCCGAAAGAGGAAGCUGGUUGGGUACCAGAGUGGACCAGAAUCUAGACACAACAUGAACAAAAGGAUCAAGUAUCUCUUUAAAUUCAUGAACAGGAACAAGGGCAAGUGGUACUACUACGGAGAUCGCUGAUCAAUAUUGGUGUAGCAAAGACAAUUGGGACUUGGAUAUUAUGAACUAUGGAUUUUCAUAUUACACAUCACUUGUGUCAUUGGUCAAUUAUGACUAACUAGUGUCCGCUGCAGAAAGAGGAGUCAAGUUUAAAUGCAACCUUUAAAAAUUAAUCAAUAGGCAGAAGUCCUGAUUGUGUGCUCUUGGUUGGUUGAAAAUCAGUUUGUGUAUGAUUUGUAGAGGUGCAUUUGAUAAAACUCAUCCUGUUACAGGCCCCUGAUCUAUAGGUCUGGUCAUAAAUGUGAAGAAAAGUAUUAUGGAAAUGAAUUAUGAGUAAUAUUUUGGAAUCACCAAAAUAACCAGAAUUCUUGAUGCGACUCACUACACAAAGAAUUUAUGGUAAUGGCCAGAAUAAGUGAAUAUUUCAGCCGAGUGUUUUAUUUUUCCACUUUACAUUUUGAAUGUUUUUUAGCAUUUUUUUUUUUGCAUUGGACCAUUGAGCUCGAGUCCUUUUUAAUGCACCCAUAUGCAAAAAAAAAUAUUAAAAUUGCACUACGACUAAAGCAGAAAUGGUCGGACUGUAUUCCACCUGUGAACAGUCGUAAUGGUCUGUUUUCUGUCUUCAGUUGAACACCUUUUAUUGUGAUAGGCUGGCCACGAUUCCUUCAAAUUAAAGUGGAAAAGAAAACUACGUUUUGAAUUUCAGCAGGUUCAUCUUUACUUGCUGAAUGCUAAUAUUUGUAUGAUCUCAGAUAUUGUGUUAAUUAUAGACACAAGUUUAAAUCUGUCCUGUCCAGCAUUAGUAGCAAAAUUAACAUGACUUGACACUGAUUUGAAAUUAAAACUAAU